AUGAGAAUUGAAAAGAACGCUUUUCGAAAUUCGGAAGUGUCGAUGAAGAAGAAGAAGAAGAAGGAGAAGAAGGAGAAUAUGAAUAUUCGACAAUCCGCUGGCCAGUGUAGUGAGAUUCAUUUCUCGGCGGAUACCUAUCAAAUUGAAACAAAUAGUUUAUCAGCAAAUGUGAAUCCCGAAGACUAUGCGACCAUCGUGUCGAAUCUCCAAUCGGCGGUUUGUGUGAACGUCGCCCGUCGAAUCGCGUGUCCGGCACACGACGCCAAAUUGUGGAGCGAUAUUCCGCCUCAACCAUUUUCUUUGGCGCGAUUCAUGCAAAAAAUUCUCUGUCUGAUCCUCUCAUUAUUCUAUAUUAUUUUGCCGCCGUGGCCGCCGAAAAUGUUUCGAAAAGUUGUGUUUUGCUAUCCGCAACGCGGCAAAUAUUAUUAUUUAAUUGGCAAAAAGGGAAAUGAGAAGAAAGCAUGUUUUCGAGCUUCUGAGGCCAAAGGAAUGGACCAUUUGUCAAUUUGCCUUCCGCAAAUGAUCAAGCCGAAAGUGCGUGCUGUCGAUGUUUUCUAUCAUCUCCUCCGAUGCAAGGUCUUUGUUCUUCCCUACAACAAACGCGAGCAUAUUUGUGCAAUGGAGCUGUAUUGUGAGCAAUCGGUUCGAUGGCUUCAUCGCGACAAAAAUCGAAAACGCAUCCGAUCGCCGAAUCUCAUCAUUUUCGCGCAGCCGAAUAGCUCAGACCUUGGAUGCUGUUUGAUGAUGGACCCGAAUUUUGCAGAUAUCGCCGAUUUUCUGCAAUGCGAUCUAUUGAUAUUCGAUUAUCCUGGCUAUGGUGUCAGCGAGGGAACCGCCAAUGAGAAGAACAUUUACGCGGCCAUCGACGCUGUUAUAAAAUAUGCCACGGAAGCUCUGAAGUACCCGCUUGACAAAAUCAUCCUAAUCGGGUUCAGUUUGGGAACAGCCGCGAUGGUACACGUCGCCGGCACUCAUAAGGUCGCCGCUCUCGUCCUCAUCGCCCCAUUCACCUCGUUCUUUCGAAUAUUGUGCAGAAAGCCGACGCUCAUCAAACCAUGGAUUGACAUGUUUCCAAGCUUAGAAAAAGCGUCUGGUAUUUCAUGCCCAACGCUGAUAUGUCAUGGAGAACGCGAUGUGAUCGUUUCGCACAAGCACGGAAUGCAUCUGCAGACGACGAUUCCUGAUUGCGAGCUGCACCUUCUGAAAGAUGCCAGUCAUCAAGGAAUAUUUUGCGAGCGGGAAAUGUGGGACAAAAUUGAGGAAUUUCUUGGCACACGUGUCGGAAUCACGAGGAACUGGAUUGAGCAUCUCCGAUCGGAAUCGUCGUUCUCAGAAGUCAGCGAGGUCUGUCAAAAGUCUUGA